UGUGUUGACCUUAAAAUUUGAAUAUAUAUCGUCUGAAUAUAAUAUGUGGGACAAGAAAUAAGAGUCUGCUCACUUUUAUAUGAAAUUCUAUGCCACAGAUGCGCUUUCAAACGUAUUAGAAUUCACCCUAGCUAAAAAUUUUAUAAAAAAAAAACAUGAGAUUCUGCUUACUUGUAUACCUAAUAAUCUUUUGAAAUAAAGGUUUCAAAAUAUAAAUUAAUAUCCAGAGAGAAUUUAUUCUGAAACCAUGAGCAAUCCAAGUACAAAAAGAAGUAGAAGCCCUUCUGAAGAAAAUCUGAAAUCUAAAAAAGUAAAACUAGCUGAAGACUCACCAUGUGAUAGCACAAGUGAAGACGAAGAGAAAAUAGAAAUAUCACCAAAUAAUACAGAAGACAAAUGUCACAAGGAUAAAGAUAAAAAUGGCUUAGAGGAUAACUUGAACAAUAAUGUAAUAAACAACAUACAUUCUAAUAUAAACGAAGACCAAGAGAAGCUAAACCAAGAAAAAUGUAAUAUUUGCGGCCAAUACCUUAAUAACUCAGAUAUUUUAUACUUUCAAGGGCAUCCUCAAAAUGCAAUUGAGGAAUUUGUAGCUUUGACACAUGAGAAACUUGUAUUAUCAUCUGGUGAUGAAGGAGACAUUAUGGAGAGACCGCAAACAAAUAUAACAGGGUUUUCAAUAUUUGAUGAACAGGGCCAUUUAUGUCCGCUCGACGGAGGCCUUAUAGAGAGUGAUGUUAGGAUAUUCAUGUCGGGAUAUUUGAAAUCAAUUUGCUCAGACUCUCAAGAGAUUGAUGAAGAAUCAAUUCCCGUGAAAGAUGUUGGUCCCAUCAUUGAAUGGUACAUCCAUGGUUUUGAUGGUGGUACAAAAAACUGUAUCACAUUAUCAACAGAAUUUGGUGAGUACAACCUUCAAAAGCCCAGCACAGAAUACACUCCAUUAAUGAAUAACUUGUAUGAAAAGAUCUGGCUCAGUAAAGUAGUAGUAGAAUAUUUAGAGGAGUAUCAUUAUUUGCUUCCGACAUACGAAGACUUGUUAGAGGUCGUGCGCGAAUCUAAAAUACCGGAUCUAGAUGAUAAAUUCAUGACUGAAGAAAUGCUACACAAGCAUGCACAGUUUGUGUGCGAUCAAGUGGUAAGCUUGGAGGCCGACGAAGACGACGAGCCUCUCAUCACAUUGCCUUGCAUCAGAGAAUUGAUAAAACUUAUGGGUAUAAAAUUCGGUAAGAGAAGGAUUCGUGCUAAGAUAGAUUACAAGAAAGUCGAUAAAAAGGCCUGGACGAAAGCUACGACUACGCCUCUAGUGAGAAAAACAUUCGAAAGUUUCUUCACAAAUCAAUUGGACAAAACCAAUCAUGAGGUGGUCUUGAGACGAAAGAGGUGCGGUGUUUGUGAAGCUUGCCAGCUACCCGACUGCGGGGAGUGUAACGCCUGUCGGGCAAUGGCCAAAUUUGGUGGACACGGCCGGACUAAGAAAGCCUGCGUCAGAAGGUUAUGUCCCAACAUGGCCGUGGAACAAGCCGAGGACUCGGAACCGGACGACGAAGACGAGUACCAGAGGGCGGCAGAGAAGAGGCAAUUGGAUAAGAUCGACGAUGCCGUACCCGUCAAGCUGACGGGCUCCAACAACAGACAAAUAAACUGGAUAGGGGAGCCCGUCAAAGCGGACGCCACGAAAAUAUACUACGAUAGGGUGGAAAUCGACGGGGCCGAACUAAAGAAUGGCGAUUUCGUAAUGGUAGAAACGUGUCAAAGUAAUAUACCAUCUUUGGUUGCGAGAAUAACUUACAUAUGGAAAGAUAUCGGCAACCCUAAAAGCGGCUUCUUCCACGGGGAAGUAUUCAUACGGUCCUCGGACACCGUUUUAGGGGAAGUGGGAGACCCGCGAGAAAUAUUUUUGGGGGACCGGUGUUGUCACGGGGCUCCGUUGUCCUCCAUACUGAGGAAAGCUUGCGUAGAAAGAAUAAAUAUGCCUUCGGAUUGGUUCAUGUUGGGCGGCAAAGAAGUGGAAGAGAACCUAUGCGAGGAUGACGGGAAAACAUACUUCUACAAGAAAUACUACGAAAGGUUCACCGCUCGGUUUGAAGAUCUACCUGUCGAUCCCGUCUGCCCCAACGAGCUCAGGAAACAUAGAUUUUGUCCGUCUUGCGAAAGGAAAACGAGAAAAGACGCUAGAGACAUACCCAAGAUAUCGGGAAAACUCGCGGGGAAGUCGGCGCUCGUCCCGGAAUCGAACCGCACGGAGUGGACGAGCAUUCGCUGGAGGGAGUACGAUUACAAAAAAGGCUGCGGAGUGUUUCUGAAGCCGGGAACGUUCAAAUUCAAGAACAAUUUCAGCAGCACCUGCAACGGGAAGCUGAAACUGGAUAAAGUGGACGAAAAUAUCUACCCGGAGUACUACAGGAAGAGCGACAAUAACACGCGGGGAUCCAACGUGGACACCGGCGAGCCGUUCUGCGUGGGCUACGUCGCCGCCGUCGCCGCCGCCGGGCACGGGCCGCUCGUCGUGCCCCAGGACAUAUAUAUCAGGGUCCACGUCCUGUACAGGCCCGAAAACACCACCGCCAGGUUCCCCCAGCACGAGGACCUCAACGUUGUGUACUGGAGCGAGGAGAUAAGGGAGGUGUCGUUCGCCGCCGUCGAGGGGCCGUGCGAGAUCGUCUACGUCGAGAACAUUCCCAACCGGGAGAACAUCUACGAGUGGCUCGAGGCCGACCCCGCUCGCAUGUACUUCAGGUCGGCGUUCGACCGGAGCACGGGGCGGGUCGAGGACGUGCCGGACGCCGCCCGCACCGUCGGCCGCGUCGAUCGGGCCAAGGACAAGGGCAAAGGGAAGGGCAAGUCGAGCAAACCCGCCGAGCCGAGCGCCGUCGAGCCCCCGGACGCGCCCGUGCGGCCGCUGCGGACGCUGGACGUGUUCGCCGGCUGCGGCGGGCUGUCGGAGGGCCUGCACCGCGCCGGCGUCGCCGAGUGCCGCUGGGCGAUCGAGAACCUGGAGGCCGCCGCGCACGCCUACUCGCUCAACAACCGCGGCUGCGUCGUGUUCAAGGAGGACUGCAACGCGCUGCUGCGGGACGCCAUGGCGGGCGCGCCGCACAGCGCGGGCGGGCUGCGUCUGCCGCGCCAGGGCGAAGUGGAGCUGCUCUGCGGCGGCCCGCCCUGCCAGGGCUUCUCCGGCAUGAACAGGUUCAACUCGCGCGAGUACUCCAACUUCAAGAACUCGCUAGUCGCCUCGUACCUGUCCUACUGCGACUACUACCGCCCGCGGUACUUCAUCCUGGAGAACGUGCGGAACUUCGUCGCGUUUAAGCGGGGCAUGGUGCUGAAGCUGACGCUGCGGGCGCUGCUGGACAUGGGCUACCAGUGCACAUUCGGCGUGCUGCAGGCGGGCAACUACGGCGUGCCGCAGACGCGGCGGCGGCUGGUCAUCCUGGCGGCGGCGCCGGGGCUGGCGCUGCCUCUGUACCCGGAGCCCACGCACGUGUUCAGCCGGCGCGCCUGCUCGCUCGCCGUCACCAUCGACGGCAAGAAGUUCCUCACGAACAUGCGGUGGGACGAGGCGGCGCCGCGGCGGACGUGCACGAUCAGGGACGCCAUGAGCGACCUGCCGCCGAUAUGUAACGGGGCCAGCAAGGUGGAGAUCGAGUACGCGUCGAUGGCCGAGACCCACUUCCAGCGGCUGGUGAGGAGCAGGGACGAGAGCGUGAAGCUGCGCGACCACGUGUGCAAGAACAUGGCGCCGCUCAUCCAGGCCCGCAUCGCCAGGAUACCCACCGCCCCGGGCUCCGACUGGAGGGAUCUACCCAAUAUAUCCGUUGCCCUCUCCGACGGUACUAAAUGCAAGGUUCUCCAAUAUCGGUACGAAGACAAGAAGAACGGUCGGUCUUCCACCGGCGCGCUGCGCGGCGUGUGCGCGUGCGCGGCGGGCGGCGCGUGCCAGCCCGGCGACAAGCAGGAGAACACCCUCAUACCCUGGUGUCUGCCGCACACCGCCAACAGACAUAACAACUGGGCGGGGCUUUACGGUCGUGUAUGCUGGGACGGAUACUUCAGCACGACGGUGACGGACCCGGAGCCGAUGGGCAAGCAGGGCCGCGUGCUGCACCCCGACCAGCACCGCGUCGUCUCCGUCAGGGAGUGUGCGCGCUCGCAGGGCUUCCCCGACCACUACCUCUUCGCUGGCUCCGUGCAGGACAAGCAUCGACAGAUCGGUAAUGCAGUGCCUCCACCUCUAGGAAUGGCGCUAGGAAGAGAAAUCAAGAAAGCUUUAAGCAAGUCAAAAGUUUUGUGAUAUUUUCUGAUAACUUUUAAUUUUUUGACGAAACUAAUAAAUAGUUUAAUAAA